GUCAUGCACAGGAAAACCAAGAGCAUUUGCCACUUUGAGUCAGGAACAAUAGAUAGGCUGUCUGUGUACUCUGAGGCUAAAGUUUAACGAGGCACGCUGAAUUAUUUGAUGACGGAGAAAUCACUAAUGGCUUUAACUUGGAGACUUCUGCUGCUUUGAACUGUGGAUUACCGACAUUGUACAUGAUAAGCUGACGAUCAUGUCGCUCCCGGAGGAGGAUCUCACAUGCCCAAUAUGCUAUGACAUCUUUACAGACCCUGUUUUGCUGUCAUGUAGCCAUAGCUUCUGCAGGAGCUGUCUGAAGCGCUGUUGGGAAACAGGGUUACGUGAGUGUUCUGUAUGCAGGAAAAGAGCCUCCAAGGCUAGUCCUCCCACCAAUUUGGCUCUGAGAAAUGUCUGUGAAGCGCUUUUGCAGGCCAGGAGGACUUCAGCUGUGGUGGAAGAGAAGAUGAACUGCAAUGUGCACGGGGAGAAGUUAAAACUAUUCUGCCUCGUUGACAAGCAGCCUAUCUGUGUGGUGUGCCAGACCUCCAAACUGCACAAAAGUCACGACUGCUCGCCCAUAGACGAGGCAGUGCUGGACUGCAAGGAGGAGCUUGCUUUAUCCCUCAAGAACCUGCACCAUAAAGAGGACAGCCUCAAAAGAAUUCACAUGACCUCUGCAGAUAUGUUCAAGUACAUCAAGAGUCAGUCUCUGGAAACGCAGAGACGGAUCAAGGGCCAUUUUGAGCAGCUCCAUCAAGACCUCUACCGAGAGGAGUCGGCCAGGAUAGCUGCUGUGAAGAAAGAGGAGGAUGAGAAGAUCGCAGGGAUGAAGGACAAGAUGAAAGAACUUUCAGCAGAAGUGCUGUCGCUCACAGAGACCAUUUCAGUCAUACAGGAGCAGCUGAACGAAGACGAUUUGAUCUUGUUGAAGAAUUUCAAAGCCACUCAGGACAGAGAAAAAAGCAUAGCUCUCGGUUCAGACAACAUGUCCGGGAUACUGAUCGAUGUGACCAAGCAUCUCUGCAACCUCGAGUAUAAAGUCUGGGAGAAAAUGCUGGACCAUAUUGAUUAUACCCCUGUGACUUUGGACCCGAACACAGCGCACCCCUGCAUCAUCCUGUCCGACGACCUCACUUCCCUCCACUACUCAAAGGAGCACAGCUGUUGCCCUGACAACACAGAGCGCUUCCACAUCAGCGCUGAAGUGGUAGGCAUGGCCGCACUGGGCUCAGGAAGCCACCACUGGGUCGUGGAAACCGGAAGUAAUCAGGACUGGCUCCUGGGAGUGGCCUCUUCCUCUGUGUCCAGGAACUCUGAGGUCUCUGCUCGACCUGAGAACGGCUUCUGGACUUUGUGUUUCCGGGACGGAGAGUUCAGGGCAAUGACCUCGCCCCCCACUGCAGUUAAACCUACACGAGUGCCCAAACAAGUCAAAGUGCAACUGGAUUACGACAAAGGGACGGUGUCCUUCUUUGACCCCGCUGACGACGCGCUCAUUCAUGCAUUCACACACACGUUCACGGAAACUUUACUUCCAUAUUUUUAUACACAGAGCAGUCAUCCAUUGAAAAUAAUUCCAGAGAAGGUACUUGUCACAAUGUUGCGCCAAUGAGUGGAUGUAUUAAUUAUGUAAGGGAAUAUGAUCCCGGUCCUAUUUUGAUGGAUGCCAAACAAUUAUUGGUUUGGUUGGUUUGUUAUCGUGCUGCUUUCAAAAACAUUUGUUUUUGUUAUUUAUUCCUCCUUUAAAUAAAUAUUAUGCUAAGAGCUAGAUAAGAACAUUAAAAAAAACUCACAUAAGCUAAGCUAAACUAAGCUACACAGCUGCUGCCUCUAACUACACAUGUACUGGUCAGUGGCAUCAGGGUAAUGUGUUGUACAGAUGGAGGCAGGUUUUGUUUUGGGCUGUAUUAAUAUUGACUUGACAUCUAAAUUAAAAGAUAUCAGCACGUAUCCCAAAAUGUAGAGCUACCUCAUAUAAGUGGGCUAGUAUACAUUGCUCACUGUGGUGGAAUAGAGGAGAGCACAUUUGUGUGGGAUGAAAAUGUUAUAUCAAGAAGUUUUAGCUUGGUCCAUAACUGGGUUUUGGUGUGUGGGAAGAGCUUUCUUUAUUUAAUGGUCUUUUGAAUUGUCUGCGACUUGCAUCUAAAUGAUUGGUACUGCUGUGCAGCACCUGUUUAGCAUCAUGAACUUUAGGAAAUGCACGUUACACACAUCGCAAUGUGUCACACAUGGAGGGAUUGGACCAAAGGUGGCCAAACUUGUAAAUGUGUAGUUUUCAACCAGCUGCACUGACAGAAAAUGAGUGUUAACAGAAGUUAAUUGGAAUGUCCAUAUAUUUAAAAAAAAUAUUCCUUUGUCUGAAGAGCUUAGAUGUAGCCCCACGCCCUAGUUAUCCAUAAAAUAUGAUGGUGUCAUGUGGAAUGCUGUUAAUAAUUUUUAACUUAAACUUAAAUUGCCAAAAACUGGUUUCUGUUCAUGGCCUAAGGACCCACAUAAAUUAUGCAAAUGUUUAUUUAAGAUAUAUAUUUGUCUAAAAUGUAAAAUAUUGGUUUCUGUGCAAAGAGGUGAAGACAGAAAAUAAUGUAACUUUUUUUCAAUUUGGUCAACAUCUAGUGUUUAAACUACAAGUGUGAAAUACAGCGUAUUUAAAAAAAACAAUAUGGUCAAGCCAUCGUCUAGUUUAUUAAAAAAAAAAUAUAAACUCUAUGAUUAUACUGUACUGCGCAGUUCAGUGUGUUGUUCUCUUGUACACAUGGUGGCGCCAGAGUCUAACAAAUAUUUUGAAGGAUUUCAUCAAACUACUUUCAACCGUGUCAGCACUUUACGAAGAUCAUGUGGAA